UUGACAGAACGGCCUGGGAGGACCGCUUACCCGAGAGUCCGUAGCUGAGCAGCCAGGGGCAGCCAUGGCGGCUGCAAUGGCAGCGACAACGGUGGAGCGUGCUGUGCUGGAGGAGGAAUUCCGCUGGCUGCUUCACGACGAGGUGCACGCUGUGCUGAGACAGCUGCAGGACAUCCUAAAGGAGGCCUCUCUCCGCUUCACUCUGCAGGGCUCAGGCACGGAGGGGCCUGUCAAGCAAGAGAACUUCAUUCUGGGCAGCUAUGGCACUGACCAGGUGAAAGGCGUGCUGACUCUGCAAGGGGACGCGCUGAGCCAGGCGGACGUGAACCUGAAGAUGCCCCGGAACAACCAGUUGCUGCAUUUUGCCUUCAGGGAGGACAAGCAGUGGAAGUUACAGCAGAUCCAGGAUGCCAGGAACCACGUGAGCCAAGCCAUUUACCUUCUCAACAACCGGGAUGACAGCUACCAGUUCAGGACAGGAGCAGAGGUUCUUAAGUUGAUGGACGCUGUGAUGCUGCAACUGACCAGAGCUCGCAACCGGCUCACCACUCCAGCCACCCUCACUCUGCCUGAGAUUGCCGCCAGCGGCCUCACGCGUAUGUUUGCCCCUGCGUUGCCCUCCGAUCUGCUGGUCAACGUCUACAUCAACCUUAACAAGCUCUGUCUCACCGUGUACCAGCUGCACACCCUGCAGCCCAAUUCCACCAAGAACUUCCGCCCAGCUGGAGGCUCUGUGCUCCACAGCCCUGGAGCCAUGUUUGAGUGGGGCUCCCAGCGUCUGGAAGUGAGCCACGUGCACAAAGUGGAGUCUGUCAUCCCGUGGCUCAAUGAUGCCCUUGUCUUCUUCACCGUCUCCCUACAGCUCUGCCAGCAGCUCAAGGAUAAGAUCUCGGUGUUUUCCAGCUACUGGAGCUACAAGCCUUUCUAAGCAGAGCACCCAAGAGCUGUUUCCCCUGAGAAGUGGCCCCUACCCGGGGUGUCCCCAUCCCCACCACACAUGCCCCUUGGAUUACAGGCCAGAGCCAGCACAAUGGGCAAUUGACUUCCCUUCUUGCCUGUUCUGCCCAUCACACUUGCACAGAUGGCAGUGAACACAGGAACCUCGGGGAUAAAGGGAGGCUGACUUGCUUUUUGUUCUGGAUCGGGGAGGGUCAGAAAGGUGGGGUCAAGAGGUGGCCCACAUUCCAAGCCUUGCACUUUGGACUCAAGGUGGAGCCCAGCCCAGGGCACUCCUUCCUUCCUGCUGAGCUGCCCCCCUGGGAUGAUGAGGGGCAGCCACACAUCCCCUCCCGCUGGAAGGUGAGGGGUGGGUGGUGACCCUAAGCUGUGAAUAGGGAAGGAAGGAGGAGGAAAGGGCAGGCAGAGGCCACCUACCCUGAGCUGGGGUGCCCUUGACUGUUUAUUCAGCAACCCCACCAGGGUCUCCAAGAAAUAAAGAUUAUCCAAUUUUGCCUGGA